AUGGCAUUUGAACGACUCGUCCGGUUCGUCCCGCGCGGCGCAGACGGCAACGCCGUGCUCGUCGGGCAGCCCAUCGACAGCAAGCUCGACGUCGGCAAGGCCGCCCGCAACGGCGACGAGGUGCAGGUCAAGGUUUUCAGCGGCACCUCGGUCUUGAAUCCCGGCGAGUCGACACACCGGGUCGAGGUGGUCGACCGCAUCCUGUCGCCGCUGGCUGCGGCUGAGGUCGGGUCCAUCCGGUGUAUAGGGCUGAACUAUGCGAACCACGCCAAAGAGGCCAAUAUGCAGCUCCCCGACAUCCCCAUGAUGUUCAUGAAACCGGCAACAGCGCUGGCCGACCCCUACCCGGCACCAGUCAUCAUCCCAAAGCACACCCUAGACGACGACAGCGCAGACUACGAGUCCGAGCUCGCCAUCGUCAUCGGCAAGACGUGCAAGAACGUCAGCGAGGCCGACGCGCUCAGCUACGUCCUGGGCUACACGGCCGCCAACGACGUGUCCAGCCGCAAGGCACAGCUGGCGCAGAGCCAGGCCUGUUACUCGAAGAGUUUCGACGGCUCCUGUCCUCUGGGGCCCGUGCUGGUUUCCGCCCAGGUCGUGCCCGACCCCAGCGCGUUCACGAUCCGUGGCUUGAAGAACGGGGAGGUGAUGCAGGAGUCGGGCUUGAAUGACAUGGUCUUCAGCUGUGCGAAGCUUGUAAGCUGGCUGUCGCAAGGGACCACCUUGCCUCCCGGCACAGUCAUCCUCACCGGAACGCCUGCUGGCGUGGGGUUCGGCAAGAAGCCUCCUGCUUAUCUCCACGACGGCGACGAGUUUGUCGUGGAGCUGACGCCACAUGUCGGAAGCCUGUACUCGGUCUUUGAGAAGGAGAAAUAG